AUGGCUGGAGCUUCGGCGAAUGUAGGAAGAAUUGAAGUGAGCGUAAUGAGCAGCAGUGCAUCGUCAGCUGAAGAAAGUAGCGCCGACGAAGAUGAAAAGCUGAGCGCAGAUGAAGAAUUGUUGCCGUCGCCAGGGAGCACAUACAAUCAUCUGCAGGCAUGGUUGAGCACUAUAGAUAGCCACACCGUGAUGCCGAUAGUGAUGCCAUCUGAAUCAGAUAUGCAAAAAGAGGCAGGGGAAGAAUCGGAUGGAGAAAAUGAAGAAAAAGAGGCGGAGAACGAUGAGAAAAAGUCGCCUUUGACCAAUACCGGCGUGAUGAUGGACAGUGAUGCAGAAGUGGAGCCCGAUUCAACGACAGCCCACACUAAUCCCUUUCAUGCCGAUGAAAUGGACGAAGAACCGAAAGAAGAACAAGAAGAUGUAAACAACUCUGAAGAGCCGAACGCCGAGAACCAAAUGAAUAAUUUUAUGCAUCUUGUAGAAGCACGUGCCGCAGUGCCACGUUUUGCAAUGUCUGAUGAAGUCUUCAACGUGGACAAACCCAGUCAAGCCGUUUGCCUUGGCACUGAGUUGUCCAGACCCCAAAUUUGGAGUAACUUUAAGUUGGGCGACAUGCUCAAGAUACAUGUGACUGAGGCUUACAGCCCCUUUCAAUUCUGGUUCCAUAUUGCUGAGGGCCCCUACGAUAUUAAUUUGCUGGGUCACCUAAGUUUUCAGCUAACCAAAUUUUAUAACCCACUUCGUCGUGCUACUUGGCAACUGCCCAAAUAUUUCUUUAAGCGCGGCUACCUUUGCGCCGCAUACAAUCAGUUCACCUGGCGUCGUGCACGCAUUAUCCGUGAACCGGAGCCGAAUGAUGAGGGCGUGAAAGUCUAUUUGGUGGACUAUGGCAGGGUUUUGGAGGCGCGUGCCAAAGAUUUGUUUUUUAUGCAUAUCCGUUUUACCGAACAUCCACCGCUCCUGAUGCGUGGCACCCUAACCGAUGUAUAUCCGCUGGAUCUCCACUGGCCGGCAGCUGCUACAUUGAAGUUCCGAGAGCUUGCUAAUAGCGAACCCUUGCAUGCAACCAUCAAGGAUAUCGAUCAUGGCGAUUGCAUUUUAUUCGUCAAUAUAUACACCGGUAGUACCACCAUUAGCGACCUAUUGAUCGAGGCCCAGCUGGCCGGACGCAGUCAGAAUUAUAGCGCCGAAAUGCGUGCCGAGAAUUGCGGUCGUCGUUUGCGUUAUUUACGCGAGCGCCUUCCCACCUUUGACAUGUUGGAGACAGACGUGUUCCAGCCAUCGGAGGAAUUUGAGGAGCAGUUCGAUAAUAUCAUCUAUAUGCCGACAUUCUUUCAGCAAUUCGAGAUGCCGAAAAUGGUUAAUCCGUUUCGUCAUGACCUACAGAAGGCCUUGACCGAGUGGCUCUCCAAAUUCAAGUGCGAGGAAUUGUGCUGGCGUAAGGUAGUCGAUGACUCUAACGAGAAGAUAAAAGAGGAGAAGCAGAAGCAAGUGGAGCCAUUAAAGAACAAUGAAUCCAAAGAUUCAGAUGAGCUGUCAGUUUAACUA